UAUUUCGGAUAAAUGCGGCAAGUGCUGCGCGUGAAGCCGGAGGAAGGAAAAAAAAAAUCAGUGGUGUUUACUGCGUAGGUAAUAUAGGUCAAGGACGCUGAAGCUCAGAAGAAGGAGGAAUAGGUGCUGAAAAAGCGGUCGGGCUGCAGAAGGGUGAUGCUGGGCAGCGAGGACAAGGCAAAGGCCGUGCACAGGAACGGAGCUGCUAAACCUAAAGCAGAGCAACCUCUGAGGAGUUUAGGUGUCCAGGAUGACGGAGAUGUACAGACCAUGCUGCAAGGUUCUGCCAUGUCAAAGCUGCGUUCCCCUCGCUGGCAGAGGAGAUGCAUGCUAAAGCUGCAGGAUGAUGGCAUCACAGUGCGUUGUGAAUCCAAUGGUACCUUCAGCAAGACCAAAACCUUCUCAGUAAUGGAGGUGGAGUGUGUGCGUGAGGGCUGUCAGUCAGAGACCCUGCGCAAGUUGGCUGGUUCUGUCCCAGAGGCACAGUGUCUGACCAUCGUCUUUAAGGGAGGAAGGAAGAGUUUGGACUUGCAGUGUCAAAGUAUAGAGGAGGCACAGCACUGGGCUCGGGGGAUCUGCACCCUACAAGACCGAAUCAACAACAUGAGUCAUACUGAGAAACUCGACCACUGGAUACAUGGCUACCUGAGGCAGGCAGAUUUAAACCAGGAUGGGAAAAUGACUUAUGAAGAAGUGCAGACACUCCUCCAGAUGAUCAACAUAGACCUCGAUGAGCAAUACGCCCUUAGAUUGUUCAAGAAAUGUGACCAGUCAGCAGACAAUCGUCUGGACCACAGUGAGAUCGAGCUGUUUUGUCGUGAGCUGUUGCGUCGACCCGAGCUAGAUGCGGUGUUCCUGGAAUACUCCUCCAACGGCCGUGUGCUGUCCACGGUGGACCUGCGUGAAUUUCUAAAAAACCAGGGAGAAGACAACACCCUUGUCCAUGCACAGAGUCUCAUCCUUACGUAUGAACUCAAUGAGUGGGCUCGGAAAAACCAGCUCAUGACAGCCAACGGUUUCACCAUGUACAUGCUGUCGAAGGAGAAUGUUGUGUUUGAUCCAGAGCAUGGCAGAGUGUAUCAGGAUAUGAGCCAACCGCUCAGUCACUACUUCAUCUCCUCUUCCCACAACACCUACCUUACCAAAGACCAGGUCAUGGGUGAGAGCAGUGCCGAGCCGUAUAUCCGAGCUCUUAGCCAUGGUUGCCGCUGUGUUGAGCUCGAUUGUUGGGAUGGAGAUAGAGAACCGGUGAUUUAUCAUGGCCACACCCUUACUUCCAAAGUACCUUUCAGAGAGGUGGUGGAGGCCAUCGCUGAGUAUGCAUUUAAGGCCUCUCCGUACCCUCUGAUUCUGUCUCUGGAGAAUCACUGCUCAGUGGAACAGCAGGCAGUUAUGGCCCAGCAGCUGCACUCUAUCCUGGGGGAUAAACUGCUCACUAAACCCCUUAACAAUCACCAGUGUGACAGCCUUCCCUCACCAGAGGAGCUGAAAGGGAAAAUCCUGGUAAAGGGAAAGAAGGAGCGAGUGGAGCAGGAGAACUCCAGUUCCUCUGAAUCCAGCUGCUCUGAAGACGAGAGUAAAUCAGAGGGCAAAGUCAAGGCAAAGAAAGAGAGCAAGAAGUGUACGUGUGCUUCUUCUCCAAAGGUGUCUAAGCUGUGUCCAGAGCUCUCCAACCUGGUAGUGUACACUUGCAGUGUUCCUUUUAAAGGCUUUGAUCAGGCAGCCAAGAGACCUCCUAAUGAGAUGUCCUCCUUCUCUGAGAGCAAGGCUCUUAAACAUAUCAAAAACUCAGGGAAGAUCUUUGUACGGCAUAACACCUGGCAUCUGAGCAGGAUCUACCCAUCUGGUCAGCGCCUGCAGUCCUCCAACUACAACCCUCAGGACAUGUGGAACGCCGGCUGCCAGAUUGUGGCACUAAACUUCCAGACACAUGGGGAGCAGAUGGAUCUAAAUCAGGGGCGUUUCUUACCCAAUGGACGCUGUGGGUAUAUACUAAAGCCCAGCUUUCUGUGCCAGCCUGACUCCGAGUUCAAUCCUGAAAACACUGGGGGAGGACCAGGACACAACCCUACUCUCCUCAUUAUUAAGGUCAUCUCAGCCCAGCAGCUGCCUAAGCCAAACACAGAGAAACUCAACUCUAUUGUAGACCCUCUGGUCUGGGUGGAGACUCAUGGGGCUCCCAUAGACAACAACAAGAAAAAGACACACCGCAUUGACAAUAACGGCUUUAACCCCAGGUGGGACUGCACCUUUAAGUUUCUGUUGCAUGUGCCAGAGCUGGUCCUAGUUCGCUUUGUAGUGGAGGAUCAUGACUACACGGCACGAAAUGAAUUCCUGGGCCAGUUCACUCUCCCAUUCACCAGUAUGCGCACAGGUUACAGACAUGUGCGGCUACUGAGAGCAGACGGUUCAAGCCUCUCUCCUGCCAGCCUCUUCAUUCAUGUCAAGGUCACACCCAAUUACAGCAGCCCCAAGCACGUUGCCUCAACCAAAGCCUAGUCGAACACAGGAAAUAUAGUCAUGCAGUCAUAGACUACUGACUGGGUUACAACGGUUGAUACUGAUCUACAGUAAUAAUGACCUAAUUUAUAUUCUGUAUGUAUGUUAUUGUUUAUUCUUUAAAUAGGGACUCAUUGAGAAAGAUAUAAUGCAAAUUAAUCACAGAGACCAAAUACAAGAAGCUGAGGAGUAUAUUCUCAAUAAAGCCAGGAGUUUUUCAGGCCCGGGGUUGCCCCAAGAGAUUAUAUUACAGAUUGAUGAGAUUAUCAUUAAUGAAGGAAUAAGAAACUGGUCAAGCAAUUUAUUAAGUAAUUAUAUAAUGUCUUUAGAAAUGAUGCAGCAAUACAACAGGGUUCUUUUAGGAAUUUUUUGUCAUGUAACGUGUCAAAUGUAGCAGUAUCUAUUUAAUAGCCUUUAGGCUUCUCUUCCUAUGCAACUGAAAAAUCCUAUUGUUUAAAAUGACGCUGUGCUUAAACUGAGAAGGAUAAUGUUUCGAGGGAUUGUGGUGCUCAUGGAUUGUAAAUGCAGCCUUUUUCCUCUUGAUUGUAGGGAGAGAGUUAUGCAUGUUGGCAAGUUGAUAAUGAAAACACUGAAACUGUCUCACUAAAAGUGUACCGUCCUGUACAAACUUUUCAGGGCUGAUACGAACUAUGCUUUUUUAUAUAAUCAGUUAAAAAAGGAAACUUAACUGCUGAAGUAAUGUUAAAGUUAAGGGAAAAAAUGGGUUUUUGACGUGAUGGUGAUGAUCUGCAUCAUUCAUUCAUAUUCCUGUCUGUUUCUCAUAUUUAUAAUAUUAUAAGUUUAUACAUUGCUAAUUAAAAUAUACACUUCUGUUUUUUCUGACAUAACCUGAUAUUUGCAUUUGUGUAAAUUCUGAAUAAUUGAACAUGUAUUUGGCACCCUGCUUUAAAAAAUGUAUAUGGCUAUUACAGCCCUGACUACUAUUAUUUAAGUAAGUCAGAUAAAAUAACAUUCCACACGCACACAUGCAUUGUUUUCGCUCUAUAACUACAACCUCAUAAUAAUUAUAUGUUUAAGUUUGGAGGUCAGGUUCUGUUAACAUAUAGCAUGUAUAUAUGCCAGCAUCUGUUUUAGACGGCAUAGCAUUUUCUUCCCUAUGUUAUUCUCACAGUUUUAAUUUUGUAAUGUGAUAUGUGGGUUCUCUAUUUAUAUGAUUUAUACCUUAUACAGUUUCUAGUAUUAAUCAGUAUUAUAAGUUCAUUUGGGACUGAUAAAAUCAUUCUGUUUGUAUAACAAUGCCAGUGCUUUAAUGCUUUGAUGAACAGGUCUGUCAGAUGUGUUUGAAAUAAGAAGCACUUCAUUCUUUUGUUUAGUUAUCAUGUGCUAGUAAAUGUAAAGUAAGGAGAAAUCAAAACCCUCACUGUUAUUUGAAAAAUAUGACAGUAAUGGCAAAAAAGCAAAACAAAAUAUUUGCACUGUUAAAGAAGCCAUACAGUUAUCUUUGUGAGAUAUACUGUAUGUAUUAUAGCCAUUAAUAAGUUGAUAAAAUUGUCAUGUACUGUAAUGCCAAAUAUUUAAUUUGUAAUCUCCAGAUAUGCAAAUAAACACUUUUUUGUUGUAUAGAAA